AUGCAUUCCAAUACAGUCCUGUUCAUGAUUGCCGCGGCGACGGGCGUCAUGUCGGCCGAGCUCAACCUAUUCCCGGGCCAUGCCGUCGUCAGACGCGAGGUCGCGGCUCGCGAGACUACGACCGCCUCACUGCCGACUUCCAAUGACCCUUGUCUGGCGAGCCUAGUAUCUAUCUCCAAGGGUCUGCCGACACCUGGUGCAGAUCUGUUGUCUGCGCUUGCCUCCAACACCGAGACCAACCCAUGCUCAAUCACUGUUCCCGCCUCGGUGUCGGACAAGUUCAACUCAUACACGAGCACUAUUCGUAGUUGGUACUCGAGCAAUAGCGCCGCAAUCAACUCGGUGCUGUCGCAAUGUCCCAAGCUCAGCUCCUUGGCCGGUCAACUGCCCGUCUGCACCGGCAAGGAUAGCUCAAGCAAAGCUGCUUCCACUACUACCAUGGCAUCUUCCGGAGCUGCCACUACGCGUGCAAACGAUGGUGGAUCAGCUAGUGCCACGGCGGCGACGGCUGGUGCUGGUGACAGCUCUGGUAACCCCACAAGCUCGAUUGCCACCUCUACCAAAUCCGGAUCAGGACCGCGGGAGACAAACUUUAUGGCGGGCGCAGUUGCCGCCAUCGGAUUCCUUGGUGUUGUCGCUGCUUUGUGA